UUAGAAGCUCUCUCUUUGCAUUUCGAUUUCAGCGUCACACCUCCACCCUCUCUACGACGUCCCUAGCAGGUGUUAUUUAUUCAUUGGCUGUCAAACCGAUUUCACAAGCUUUCCUCCGUCCGUCCUAAUCAAGCUUUUCCCCUCUUCUUCCCAAUAAAUCGUCGGACCCAGUUGAGUCAGUCACCUGACCAUCUUUCUCACCAUUUUCGAUAACUUCUCUCAUUACCUUUUCUCUCUCUCUCUUCCCCCAAAUUAAAAUCAAUCCAAUUCUGCAAUUUCCCCAUUUUUCUUGGAGCAGGUCUCCUUCCCCCACUUCAUCUCUCUCUGGAUUUUUUUUUCCUCUCCAAAUCUGAUCUCUCUACGAUUUGAUCAGCCAUACCCACUUUUGGUUUAUAUUUGAUCUCACUUUUUCUCUCCUCUUCCGAAAUGGCCGAAAAGGUAUACAUAGUGGUCAUAAAGGCCAAGCUUGAUUGCCCUCGCUGCUAUAAAAAGCUCAAGAAAGCCCUCUGCUGCAUUCCUGAGAUACAGAGCCAGACCGUCGAUGAGAAGAAAAACACGGUCACGAUUACGGGGCCCUUUGAACCCAAUUGCGUUAAGUGCCAACUCUGCCGGAAAGCCGGAAAAGCCAUUAUAAGCAUCGAUAUCAAAGAAAAAGGGGACAAAAAACAGGAUCCAGGACCAGCGAAGAAAACAGAAGAACCGAAGGCUGACGGAAAACCGCCAAAUGGGGAGAAGAAACCGGUCGAGAAGGAGACGAAACCGGUCGAGAAGGAGACGAAACCGGUAGAUGAUGCGGGAAAAUCGUCUGGGAAGGGUGAUCGUGGUGGGGAUAAACCUGUGAUUCUGGCACCUCAGACUCCCGUUCCUCAGCCGGUUCUGAUACCGGUUCCUUAUCCUGUUCCGUAUGGUACCGCUUGUAAAGGUCAAUGUGGAUGUGGUGGAUGGGUGUAUUGUGAGCCGGCAAGAGCACCAUUUUGUGAUGGACCAUGUGGAGGAAGAGGGUAUUGUGAAAAUUAUAGUUUCUUUAGUGACCAUGACCCAUAUUGCAGAAUCAUGUAGAGAGACAAAUACGAUGAAAGAGUUUGUUAUUUUUGUUUGCAAGUACAUCUUGGUGUGCCCUUUACUCUUUCUCAAUAAUUGUGAGUCGAUAUUCGAGUCUCUGUUGAUUUGUUUUUAUGUAUGUGAUGACUCUUUGCAAUGGGUCACUAAUAGAUUUGGUGUUACUUGUGCACUUGUAACUCUCUGUCUCUCUCUUUGUAUUUGACAGUGGAAAAAUGCUUAUGAUUCAUGGCUCCA